AUGAAGACGGCCGUGUUUGGUCGCGACUCAGGCGCCGAGCCUGGCUCUCCAUGUGGAGCACCGCCGUCACUCACGUUCACGCCGCCGGCGACGCUGGCCCCGCCGCUCCAUCACAAUCGCGGCAACCGUUCGGCGACAGGCUCGGUCGCCGGCGCGACUGGCGGCCAACGAAACAGCGGCAGUGGCACGUCGCGUCGCACCAGUCGCAUGCACAACGUCAGCGCCUUGGGGGUCCGUUUUUGUACUUUUUCGCUUUUUCUUUAUUUUGAUUGUGUCAUUCUGAAUUUUUCGCUGUUCAUGAAUGGACUCGACUGGAAAGCUGUCUUUAUCUCAUUUGAUAAAACAAAACCGAAUAGGUAGUUAUUGUAGCGUACGUCGCUUAGAGGGUACUCCUGCUGCAAAUUUUUGUUUUUAUUUUUGAAGGACCAGUCUGGUGAAAGAACUUGAGGAGAAGUUUAAAAUUUUAAAACUAAUUGAGGACGCGGGGGGAAGGGGUUAGGAAAGCUUGCUGUAAAGGCAAUUAUAUUGGUUUGUGAGAAAAAAGACCAAAAAAUAAUAACUAUGACACGCUAUAUCGAUAAUUGGAAUUCAAAAACUUUUUGAGUUCAACAUACCCAGGCAAUUUCUUUUUUUCUGAAUUUGUCCUUAAUUUUUCUUUGCAAACUUUAGGAAAAUCAACAAAUCUAAUGAUCCUCUUUUUUUCACAAAUUAGUUAUUUUUAAUGAAUUUUAAAAAAAUUUCCCGUUCAUUUUAUUUUUACGUUUUUUUGCGAAUCUUCAAAUUUUUUUCAAAUGACUUUUGACCUGAUCUGACUCGUCUUGUUUGUGUGAUUCUGUGCCGGAAUUCAAUUACACGAGGUUCUUCGUAAUGGAAAAAAUUUCUGAUGGAAAAAGGCUCAAGAUUGUGCGUGAUACGGUUGACUAGCAUUGUGAAACUUUCAAAAGCUUUUAUUAACUAUUUUUUGGGGAACCUUUCUACAUUUUUUCUCUUUUGGUUGUCAGUUUUUUAUCUACUAGAGAGGAGUAUUCACGUUUUAAGAAGUUUUAUGGCGUUUUUUGCCCUGGUCUUCAGGUUAAUAGGCCUAAUAAAAAUGACCGGACUUUUAAGAUAGUUUAUAGUGCAAUUUUGUUUUUUCGGAAAAAAAAAUAUUUGGGCGUUUUACUAUUUCUACGCUUGUAAAAGUCAUAUCAUCAAGGUUUUUUAAAUUUUCUUUAACUUAUAAAUUUCGUAUAGUAACCAUAUUAACAAUUCGUAAAGAUUAUUUUUUGUACAUCUAAAAAAGUGUUUUUGUUCGUCUAAAUAGUCUUCUGAAGUAUCAAUAAUGCAAGGAAUUGUUUUCUUUAAACGGUUCGGAUCAAAUAAGAAGCUAGUAUUCGAGCACGCCUACUAGGAAACGACGUGAUUAGAAAGAAGAUCCAGCGCUUCGUCAUUCUCAAUUUUGCACUUUUAAUUCGCUCCCUGGCCUUUUACCUAAUGAGAUUUGCCUCUCGGAUCUUCGCACUUUGUCCUUCUGUUAUUGGUGUUUUCUUUCAUCUUACAUUUAAUUGAAUUAUCCAUUUUCACCCUGUCUACUUUGACGUUUUUACGCCAAUUUCAUUUUUUUCAAUUUUUUAUAGUUAGGUGGCGCAGUUAAUUAAGAAAAAAUGUUUUCGAAACAAUUUAUUAAAAUUUUUUUUAACGAGCUUUGGAACUGGCACGGAAAAAUUUGAUUUUUUUUUUCAAAUAUUUGAUGAAAAGUCUUUUAUUUAGAAUUUCAGGAUUUUUUCAACAAAAGGUGAAAUUUCUGUGAAUCUCCAUCUUCUCAACUUCCCAUAAUUCAAGUAUAUAGUCUCACUUAGCUGUGAGAGUAUAACAAAAGAGUAAUCGAACGUUGAAAAUGAGAAGUUGAACAAAUUGAGAUUUUUCGGACCUUCAUAAAUAGAUUCGAAUGUACUAGAUUAGUACACUCGACAGACUUUAAACAUGCUUUCAGCAAAUUCCAAAGUUUCCGGGAAGACAACCUUUUUUGUAAGGAGUUUAUCAUUUUCUUUGAGAAAUUAGGACUAAAGUAAGUAUUAUCGCGAUGGAAAAGCAAAUACUUAUAAAAAUGGAUAAUUCAGAAUUGCAGACACUAAAUGCAGAUACCAAAACAAUCAGAUAUAGUCCCUCGAAGUUCUCAGAGUCCAAAUUCAAAAGGAGUGACCACUUAAGAUGAAAAUAUAUCAUUUAGACCUUUGUGCUAACUUUCGAACCGAUUUAUGAGUUUCAGUCACUGUUGAGACGCAAAAAUGAAUGAAGGUGCUGAAAAUCACAGAAGCACGUUGGGGCUAAUUUGUAGCUCGACGCGCAAAAAGGAAAUAGGAGGGAAACAGAUGGAAAAAAGAGCAGAGUGAGAGGCUAAUUUGUGUCGUGCCGCUAAUUCCUUUCUUUUUUUGCCACGUCUUCUUUUCUCACCGUUGAACGGCGUCGUGACGCCUUCCGAUUCCUCUUAUCGCACGGAUUUUCCAUCACUUUCUCCUCUUUUUCUCCAUUUUUUUCUUUUUUUUUUCUGAAAGGUCUCAGCAGAGUUCUGAGGAUCUUUUUUUUGUACCGGGAGUGACCGGAAGACCCAAGAAAUCCUCGAUCUAUAAGAACGCAUCUGGAGGUACUGAAAAUUUCAUGAGCUCCAUAUGCAUUCCUCCGUCGAGCAAAAAUCUUUCAAUGAAAUCCAAUUUUCAUGCGAUUCUCCGUGGAAAAGAAAGUUUAGAUCAAACUUACCCCGACAAUAGGUCGAAAUUGCGCGUUUCGGACCCUCCAGUUGCACGGCUUCUCGUCGAAAACCUCUCUUUGAAGGUCAUUCCACUAGGUUUUUGAAUUUCUUUCAGCUUUCAUUUUUUUUUCUUGGAAAAAAGGAAUCCUUGUCACUGUUCGAGCUUGAAGCUUUUCUUUGAAGAUAAUGAAUGUAGUUUCUUAAGCCUCUUUGUUUUCUUCAGCCUCGUGCAAUUUUCUUGGAAAUUUUUCAUCCCUAUGUAAUGAUGGUUUCUAUUGACCUGUUAUAGAGAAAACCCCUCUAGAAAUUCUUUUCGAUAGACUGUCUGCUUUUUGAAACUUUUUUCGCACUUUGAUUUUUUAAAUCAAAAUUAUAUUUUUACGUCAAAGUCUUCUGAAUUGGAAUUUCACGCUUUAUUCGAGCCAAAAUAUUUUUUUUUUAAACAGGUGCAAUUUUUUAUGUGAAGGCUCGGUCUACGCAUCUUGAUUUUAGUUAAUCUCCUUCGAUUUUUCUAGAAGUUCUGAGAGAUUUUUUUUCAAAUUUAAUACAUUCUGCGUCAAUAUCAUUAUAAUGAGCUCCUCCGAACUGAGAAAUCUUUUCGCUCAAGCCUCAAGACCUUUUAUUCCAAUUCGCAAGCGGUUCAGUCCACAAAAUGCAACGAAAAGAGGUUUUUUAACGCGAAAAGUGGCUUGGAGGUCAGCUGCGAUGCUACAUCGGCCAGGGCAAAAGCUCACGCAGCUCAUCAUCUCCAAUGGCUAUAUUCAGGUCAGUUCCUACCGAUUUUGGACUUAUUUUUUCUUUUGUCUAUGCUAAGCCGCGUUUAUUUUUAUUUACUGAGGAUCUUUUCAUGGUAGAGAAAUUCGGCCAAGUGCCUAUCUUGAAUUCGGAAACUUCCCUCCACGGCGUACCGAAUGAAGACAAAAAAAAAGGUUUUUUGAGGUUACAAGUUCUGAAAUUAUUUUUACUUUUUGAGCGUCCUCGCUCCUUUCUUGAAAAGGUGACGCGAAAAAGCGUUCGUUCGCUUUUCAUGAAUAUAACCUGCAGGUUUUUCUUCGCACCUCGAAUGGGUAAUUGUCAUGGAAUUGUCUUGGGGCUAAUUGUCCAAUAUUUUACAACGCAUAACUUCUAACGUUCUCGCCCUAAUUUGCCGAAAAGAUUAUCGCGUCGGCUCACGCGAAAUCGCACUUGAAGGCACGAUUGAGGGCUCUUGGACUUUCUUUCGCCCAGUUUCCUCUUUGUUUGUCUCAAAGUUUUUGGUAAACCUUUUCUCUAAUGUCCUUCUCGCACAUCUGCCACAGGAUUACUGUGUUGAGUAUGAUCGCCGACCAGUUCUUCGCUUCUUUUUAAAUCUGAAACUUUGUGAGCGAAAAUUUUUUUUUGUAGGACAAGAAGAAAAACUGCCAAAUGUUAAUUAUUUCUCGAAUUAUUGAAUUUUAUCUGAUAAUUAAAUUGUUUUUCUGCUCGCUUUCACGGAAAUAAUAAGUCAUCAUCAACCUUUUCGCCGAUUUACCUUCAGAAAACGUUUGAGAAAGUUAAAAUAGAAAAAAAAAACCAUUUUUCUCGUAUUUUUCCAUUGAUUUUCAUUGUUUAUUCCUUUUAACUUCUCUUUUUUGCUCCGAAAAAGAGUUUUUUCUUACGAUCACUUUCAUUUGAAAUUAGAAAUGAAAACCACAAACAUAGUUAUAUCCGAAAAGACCGCGAAAAGAAAUUUGUUUCGCAAUUUCACUUGGAAAUAUAAUGCAAGUUUGCACUGUAGUACGUCGAGUUUUGCAAGUUGCCAAUUGUUGGGCGAAACGCCUCGACUGACAGGCCUGAGAUACUCGAGUAUUCAUGAAAUAUGAAUGUGGCUGAAACUGCCGCCGACGGCCUUUCCGCGCCCUUUUUCUCCUUCAUCCGAUUUCUGAAGGCGUUCCUAUGACGUCACCGCCGCUCCAGAAGGCCUCGACGGUGUCGACGUCGUCGCAGAAUCGCCUAUCUCACCAUCACAUUCUCAGUCCACACACUUUGGUCGUGAGUUUUCUGUGUAUUCCAGAAGCUUCAGUUAUUAUUCAUAGGCCAUACAUAGGCAAAGUCCGAGAGACCAUUUACAGAUGUUAUGUGUUUCAAAAAAAGUUCUGAAAACGUUUUUAUAUUCCUUUUCGAUAUUUUCAUUUUUGACUUGGUCAUCAGUGGCUUCUUUUUGUGAAUCAGUAAUUUUACUUAUUAUUUUUACUGGAAGUACAAGCGAAAAAAAGGUUUUCAUUCAUUCCUUUUUGAUCAUAUUUUUUCCCGUCUUCUGAAGAUCUCGACAGUUUUUGUUGGUUUUUUUCGGUUAUUUGGCAGUUCUCUAUUAAUAGUUACCUUUUUUAAACUGACUUAUUAGUGUAGAAAAUCAAUUAUUAAGGUCCUCUGUAAUAUAUUUGAAAAGUAUUUGAAGAGUCAGACACGUUGAGCAGGACGAAACUUUCUAAAAGAAAGAAAAAGCGUCCUAUAAUGCCCGUAACUUCUUUCACUUUUGAUUAUUUUUUUCCAAAAAUUCCUCUUAUCAAAUUUUUCAGGACUGUGGUCUUAAAUUCCAUAUGAGCAAAAAAAUGGAACUCAAAUGGUCUCUGGAAAAUUGUCUACGGUACCCAGUCAAGUCAUUUUGAAUUAGAGUUCUUUUUUUGCACCUAUUUGCAAAUUUAGUUUUUCUUGAACUAAAAAAGCCAUUUUCCGGUUCAUUCUUUUUUCAGUUUUCAUUUUUUUUUCUCACCAAACCGUAUUUACGCGCUUACAGUUAUUUCUCGACAGCUGGCAAUAUGCCAUAUUCCCAGAAACUGAGAUCUGAUGUCAUCUUUUUAGUCAGCUGCUAAUUUUACAACUCCAACUUGGGAUUCUCGUCAGUUUUUCAGUGUGAAAAGAGUCAUUUAGAGAAAAUUUUACUUCCAAAAAGAGCUUUUUGAAGAUUUCAUUCCAAUAAAGUGGGAAAGAGUUAUUUUAUCAUGUUUUCUGGACUCUUUAUGAUAUUUUGUAAGCAGCGUCCUCACUAGAAUAUUCUAGGAUGGUUCAUGAAAAAUCCAGGUCAUGUUCUAGGUCGGAGACCCACGCAAAGAGAAGUGCUUACUCUGUGAACUUUGUGAUGAGUGUUUUUUUUUUUCAACUUGCUCCCACCGGACAAACGCUCCACCCGCUCAAGUCGAGUUGAAUAUUUCCGCAAUUUCGCCUAGCAACCCGUUCGCUCGUGCGCCGUUUUUUUUUCUUCUUCAAUCCACGGUGUCGCGGUGGUCGCCUUGAAGACACAGACACCUCGACGCGUUUCUUCCAUUCGUCGGGUCGCUCAGAAACACCUUCGCGAACGAUGACCGAAUGACUUCGGCGACGGCGAUGUCGUCGUCGGCCGCAGCGACUCCAGAAGCACAGUUGGUGUGUCGCUACGACGCUCGUUCUCAGUCGGCGGCCCUGCACUUCAAUCGUUCUUUUGUAGCCGCUUCACCUCGGUCAAGGGUAACUUUCCGCAGAGCCUGGAUUCAUUAUUUUUCUUUUUGGACUCUCCUGAUGUCGUGUUUCAAGUUGCUUCAAACUGAAAUAUCAUAAGAAGAACUUAGAAAGUCUUAACCCUGCAGCUUUUCUUUCCAUACUAAAAAUUGAUCGUAAAUGGAGAAAUCUGCAAUCAACAAGCUCCGAAGGAAAAACAAGAUAAAGCUAUGAAAACCUUUUAAAAUGAGUUUUUGUAGAUUAACGGAUCAACUUCGAACAAGACAUUAGCAGUUUGAAAAAAGAGAAAAGAAAUUUGGCGUUAGUGUUUCCUUUUUGGGUACUACACCGGAGGAAGUCUUCGCCACAAGUGGCAGGUCUGAACCGUGAUGUCAGAAACGGUCAGUUGAUCUGUCGGUCUUCCGGUUCGCUGCAACCGGCGAUCGAGAUGAUGCCUUCGAUUUCGUCUUCUUCCUCUCAGCGGCCGAUCUUCGUCCAUCGCUCGGCCAGUCUGUCGGAGCACGGCACCGAACGAUGUGCACGGCUCCAGUCCAAGGACAUUGCUCAUGUUAGUUUUGAGUCUCUUUCUGAUCGAGUAUCCCUUACUCAAUUCUGCAGUAUCAUUACUGCUCUCGAUCUCGUGGAAUUAUUUUCUAUAUAAUGUUUUACAGUAUCAUUCAAAUUCGGCCCAAAAGACUUUUGACCUUUUAUGGGCUGAAACUUCUUUUUUUCUCAAUUUUCGGACAUUUUUUCUUAACCAUUGAUCCUUUGAUCCUGGACGACUUUAGCUUUUUCUUAACCAUUUGACUGAUUUCCUUCCGUUCGCCCAAUUUGGAAAGUAUUCAAACAGUUGUUUUCGUUCAAUUACGUCCGAGAACUCUGUACGCCUAAUACUUGGAGUCAUUCGUAACCUCCAAUUAUCUCUUGUUUUCAACUAACUCUUCCUUUUUUCUUGCUCAACAGCAAUGACUUUUAAUUUUAUGAGCUCCACUCAUUAGUAGCUGUGGGAAAAAGCUGCCAGACAAAAUCCUUGGGGACCUGGCUGAAACGUGAUCCUUUCUCAAUAAAAACGAACCUUGUAAUUUCCUUCGGUCUAAUAAGGGAGUUGAGCUUUUCUGAGCCGCGAAGUUUGAAAGAAUGAUGUAGUUUGGAUUUUCGACACUACUUCGCCAGGAAUCCUGUCUUUUGAAAACUGACUUAUUGAAUCAUGUCGGCCAAUUAAGGAGCUUUUCAGCUUUGCUUCAAAGUCGCGAAGACUUCACAACUAGUUGAAAAUAAUUAAAAAACGACCCUUCCUGUUCAGAAAAGUAUUUCACGAGCAUACAAAUGAGACAAGGUGCAGUAGCGGAUCAUCGAACUGUUCUUUGAUCAACCAGAAGGGGUGAAAGGAAAUUGACUUGAUGAGAGCAACAGAGAAAGGUCAAAAGAAGGUUUUCGGAAGGAAGAUUGGCGGAAGAAGUUCUCGCGUGAGCUCUUCAUCUUUGUGGAGGCUUCACGUAUCCCUUCGGACGGCUCAAUUGCCCGCGGCACGACCGAAUUCGGUUAUGCAACCCCGCCGCUAUGGAUUCCCUCCGCCUAG